AAGUUAUUAUUAUUAUUGUUUUAAUUGCAGGUAACCCAGAGCAUGGCAGGAGUGGUUAAGAAUCUGGAUGCAGCCAUGAAGAGCAUGAACCUGGAGAAGAUCUCAGCACUUAUGGAUAAGUUUGAGCACCAGUUUGAGGAUCUCGACGUGCAGAGCUCGUAUAUGGACACUGCUAUGGGGCAGACCGUCACCACAGCCAUUCCUCAAGAUGCUGUCAACGGCCUCAUGUCACAAGUAGCAGAUGAAGCUGGGUUGGAACUAAACAUGGAGCUGCCCACCGGUGGAACAUCCACUGUGGGAGUGAGCGCAACACAAGCCAGCCAGGACCAGGAUGAACUCACUCAGCGACUGGCCAAGCUUCGCAAUGCUUGAUUCUUGCAAGGGGGCCACCUGCACCCCACACUUUUUCCCGUGGAACGACCUCAACCAAGGUGGUUGUUCACUCUGAUCGUGAUUGCCUUCCUUAACCAAUACCACUUAGUUAUCAUUCAGAUAAUUACUCUGAUUAGUAUGAGAUUUCUUCGGGAAAUGGAGGGUUUGCAUUAUAGACGUGUAUUUAAGAAUGCUAGCAAUCUGAAAGUGCUUAAGGAGGGACUGAAACACAGUCCAGUUUUCAAUUCUAAUUUUUGGGCUUCUAAAAUGCUCACUUUAUUUUCUUAAUGUUAUUAGAAGUGUAUCAGAUUCAUAUAUAAAUUAUAUUUGCUAAGUAUUGGCACGAGUUCUUUGUUAGUUAUGGAAUGUUAAGUUUAGGCACUAUACCAUAGUUUAUUGUAAAGACUCGGUGGAUUUCAAUGCCGUGUUGCUGGAAAUAGUGAAGAAAGAAAACACGGCAGAAUCAGAGUAACUUUUACUACAAUGCAAUACUAUUUUUAUUUCUUUAGUGAUACAAAUAAUAUAGUUUACAUGUAAUGGAACAUUGGUAAGCACAAAAGAAAGCCACUAAUAUGCAUUUCAGGCAGACUACUCCAGAUGCUUUAAUGUUACUUAGAAUUCAGUGAGUUUGGAAAACAGUUUGAUUUGUUUAGUCAGCUUUCUUAUAAAACUCCUUUAUAUAGUGUAAUUUUUUUUUUUUUUUUUUUGUAUGUGGAUUGAAAAAAAGUGCAUCCAAAAUUUAAUAGCAUAUAAAUAGGUCUUCAUAGCAAAUUCUAUUCAUUUUUCAAAUCAGUUUUUGAAGUGCAUUUGCAGUUAAUGAUUCUGUGUAGAAUGGCUUUAUAUUGUAGAUUUGCAUUAAGUCAACACUGGUGAAGAUGUAAACCCACUGAAACUCUAUCUCAGUAAAUAUUGUUCAGCACAGUGUUUUGUUUCUUCACUAAUUACUGUUGAGGUCACCACUCAAAUGUAAGAUUGAUUAUUGUCUACCUAUUAAGGGUUCUAGGGGUGAUUGACCCCUCUGUGGUCUAGUCCCGGACCAAGCCUCCUGGUUUAUGAAGUGAUCAGUUAAGCUGUUGUUGCUAGCAAAGCAGUCCAGUAUAAGAAGCACAGCCUGGCCGACCGACUAGAGAAACCUGUCAAGCUUCCUCUUGAAGAAAUAGUUCAACUCUAAAAUGUGUAGAUUCAGACUCCUUGAGAUUCACUCUAAAAAAUAUACUAGGUUUGAGUUUAUUUUGUGUUUCAGAGGCUGUAUUUCUUUAAAUAAAAAUCUGGUUAAUGUUGACAUAUAAAAAAAAAUAUUUUUUUUUUUUUAAGACACCGGCUGUCUCCCACCAAGACAGGUUAACCCCAAAAAUGAUGCAGUGCUUUUACAGCGUUUUCCUUCUUUUUACAAAAAUUUAUAGAGAAGAAGGGGUUACUAGCCCCUUGCUCCUGGCAUGUUAGUCACCUCUUACGACACACAUGGCUUAUGGAGGAAUGAUAAGAAAGAAUAUUAAUAAUUAAAAAAAUUUGGGCUUGGGAAAUCCAGUAUUUUGAACAAAGUUCAAUGAACAAUUUUCAGUUUAGGGACCAUGUACCAGGCUAAAAAUAAUGGAGAAAUUUAUAAUUGAUCAAUGGUUUUCAUGAGUAUUUUUUUUUUUUUCAAUGAAUCUGCUGUUUGACUGUAGUUAAUAAUGCUUUGAGCUAGAUGAGACAUUCACUUUACCCAAUGAACAAUAUUCCGCUUGGAUCACGUUACUGAUGAAUAAUUUUAUCCAUUACCAUCCUUAAUCACAAAUGUUAUUCACUCUGGAUACGACGGUGUAACGCUGAGAGUUGAAGAUUGAGACACUUAUGCAACAUAUGGGAAUCUUUAUUGAGGAAACGUAAGUGUCUCAAUCUUCAACUUGUCAUUUUUUUUUUUUUAACCAUUGAUCACAAUGCUAAGAGUAACAACAAAGGGACCCAGGUGCAGAGCAAGCUUUCAUUAUGAUGUUUCACCAUGAAGAGUGAAACAUUUCCAUGCAGAGUGAAACAUUUCCAUGCAGAGUGAGCAUCAUCGCAAAAAAAAAGGCUUUCCCUGCACCUGUCGCUUUUUCUUCUUUCUUUCUUUCUUUUUUUCUUAUUCGCUUAAAAAAAAAUUUCUGGAGGUAGAUGUUUGAGGACAAAGGUGUUGGUAUAAACAAAAUGUUAUGUUGGUCUCUGCAAAAGUUAUAAUGUUGAUGCUUCUCCUCUUAGUUUUAAAGUACCAAAUUUUUUUUAGUGUUCAUCUGAAUUUUAUAUUUAGCACCAAACAACCAUGUGUAUAACGCACGGUACGGGUGGGAAUUGAACUCGCAGCAAGUGAGUAGUAAAACUCCUGGCCAAUGGGCCAGCUGGCUACAAUAAGAUUCAUCCAACUGGGUAUUUAUAUACCAGAGGGAGGUUAGCAGGGGCCCACUGUGACCACUAAUGCAAGUUUUUAGAGAUAAAUCUACUACCAGCGUGGUCAUGAUGAGCUCUAGCUCGAGUCCCCUCAAAGCUGUCACUGUGACUCAUGAAAUUGUGAUGACACGAUUGAAACAAACUACAGUACAGCUGGCAGGAGAUUCAUCUGUAAAAAAUUUGUAUUUGUGGUCACAGUGGGACCUCAUAGUAACCUCUCUAUGGUGUAUAAAUAUACUUAGAUGGAUGAAUCUUAUUGUAGCUAGCUGGCCCAAUGGCUCAUGCACUGGCCUGGAGUUUUAUGACACAAUUGUUGCGAGUUCAAUCCCCACACAUGCAAUUGUGUCAUUACGAUUUUAUAAGCCAUGUAUAUGUAUAGAAAUAUCUGUUGUUUAACCAUUGUUGUAUUGUAUAUCCAUGGUUGUACUGUUAUAUAACCAUGGUUGUAGUAUUGCAUAACCAUGGUUAUAAGCUGGUAGCCAGCUCAUACUGUUUGGCCAGCCACCAAAACAUUACAUGUACAGUAUUUGCAAUAUAAACAAAUUCAUUUA